CCGCCAACAAUCAACAUGGCGGAAAGGGCCACGAAGCCCAGGUGCCGUUGGGCUCCGCAGGGUAUUUGGUCUCGCCGCAGCCCGGUACCGCUAUAAGUAGGCGCCAGGGAGGGCUGCGUCGGGGUUGCGCCUCCUAUGUCGCGGGUCCCCUCAUUCCCAGCUACAAAUAUAUAUAUAUAAGUAACCCCUCGUCUAAUGUGCCGGUGAGCCGCUUGCCCGCACUCGAGAUGGCGGCGCGAGUUUGAAAGGAAGCGCGAGGAGGCGCUUCGCAUUCGAAGGCGAGGCGCGCGAGAGAGUUUCCGCGCAGCGGCGGAUGCUCGCCUCGCCAUGGCUUCUUCGAAUCCGUGGGCUCCUGUGCAGCCGUCGGCGGCUGGGCUGCUGCUGGCUGGCUGCCUGUCCGCGGGGGUGGUGUCCCAGGUGAGAGGGGCCGCGCUUUUUCUCCCUCCCCACGUUGUAUAAAUACACGUAACGCAAAACCAUAGUCUGCAAUGUGUUCGUUUCUGCCCAAACUUUGGGAACGUGCUGCUGCUCAGUUUAUUAGAUUCGAUUGCAAUGGGAUGGAAAAGGCGUAUUUGAAGCUGCCUGCUGCUUUUAAAAGAUGCUGCUAAUAUCGAUAUGUUCAUAGGCCGCAAAGUAUGUUAUGUUCUGACUGGCAACAUUUCUCCAAGAAGUCAAGGGAGGCCCUUUUUGUAGCCUUCCUACCUGACACCUUUUGGAAACGUAGCUUUUUGUCCUUGUUCCUUUAAUCCGGCUGUAACAGUGCUGGUGUGCUUGUGGUGUGUUUACUUUUGCUUAAAAGUACAUCCAGGUGGUGGGCUUACUGUGAAAGAAACAUGCUCAUGAUGGUAAAAAAUAUUAACUUCCACCCUAGUUGUAGUUUUAUAGUUGUCAGUUCUUGUAGCUCUCUGGACCACCUGGAUUGGAUUCUAUUCCUAAAUGGACACGAAAUAUCUUCUUUUCCUUUCGUUUAGAUCUUGCAUCCUCAGGAAAACCCUGCAUGGUUAUUUAAAUACUAAAAGGCCGAUCCACUCCACUCUGCAUAACUAUGGAUGGAGAAUUCCCAUAAGUUCAGUAGGGGGAAAUGGGGUCUGUGCAUGUGUAACCCUCGUUUUUAAUUCCAUAGAAGUGACUUUUGUUCCAGAGCACAAGCUGCAUUAUACUGAGUCAAAUCAUUUAUGCAUCUAGCUCAAUAUUGUCAUCGCUGUCAGUGCGUCUCCAUAGUUUCAGUCUGGGCUCCCUCCCAGCACUGUCUGGAGAUGACAGGGAUUGAACGUGGCAUCUUCUGGGUCCACGCACAAAAGAGAUGCUCCGCUACUGAGCCACUGCCCUUCCCCAAAGUGGAGGGAAAAGGCUUGACUGGAGGUAUGGGCAAAUACAGGCAACAACCAAUUUACAUGUGUCUGAUGGAGGUGCAAUUGCACAUGUGUGUGUUGUUCUGAACCCAUAAAUGACCUGAAAACAUCACUAAAACAGCAGAGUACUCAGGCCUUGCUGAUGCGUGUUAGGGUCUGGAAGUCGGAUGGAUGUAAUAUGCUCAAACUGCCAUGCCCCAGUGAGCAAGCUGGCUGCUGAAUUCUGUACCAGUUGCACCAUCUUUAGAGGCAGCCAUAUAACACGUUGCAGUAAUCUAACCCAGAGGUUACCAGAGCAUAAACAACAGUAGUUAGGCUAUCCCUGUCCAGUUAGGGGUGCAGUUGAGCUACCAGCUAGAGCUUAUGGAAGGCACUCUGCACCACUGAGGCCACCCUGAGCCUCAAGCAACACCAAUGGAUUCAGAAGUAUCUCCAAGCUACGUAUCUGCUCUUUCAGAGGAAGCGUAACCCCAAUCGAGAUCAGGCAACCUUCUACCAAUCUGGUCUGGGAAACCACCCACAAAUAGUGCCUCAGUUGUAUCUGGAUUGUUUGUUCAGUUUGUUGGCUCUCAUCCAGUCCAUUACUGAGGUAAUACAACCUAAUAAAUACCCCUCAUAAAUGUAAGGGUGACAAUUUCAGAAAUGUGAACUGCUCCUCCACGCCACCUAUCAUUCAUUUUCACUGGCUUGUCCUUCAUUUCUCCAGGCAAAGACAUUAGGAUUGCAACCUAAAUGUAUUUAAGACCAGAACCCUAAUUUCAAGGAAGCUUGAAUUGCUUAUGUUUAUUGAGAAUUUUCAUGUUUCUGUUUUAGGAAACUCUGGGUAGAUGUGGAAAACCAGCUCCUUGCUUUGUUCGCCUCUCGGAGGCAGAACAAAUUGCUGAUCUCCAAGCUGAAAUCAGUGAGGUAAAAUAAUCUUUGAGCAUCAGAAUAGGAGCUCUACUGAAUAGGCCAUACAUACAAUUUCCUCUGAAUUGUAAUGAAUGAUUUCAUAGUUCUGAAACAGUACUAUAGGACAAUAGAGUUGGAGAGGCUUUGCAGGCUAUCUAGUCCAAUGCAUGAAAUCCAGAGCUACAGUAUCUCCACCAGACUGUCCAGCCUCUGCUUGAAGACCUCCACUGAGGGAGAGGCCACUGCCUCCUUAUGUAAUUUUCCUAUUGUUGAACUGUUCUUACAUUUAAGAGAUUUCACCUAAUAUUCAGCUGAAACCAACCCUACUGUAACUUAGUUCUGCCCUUUGAAGCAGGAGAUAACAACUAUUUGCCCUCCUCACCCUUAAUCAUCUUCAUUUCCCUCCUCUUCACCUCUUUUAAUUUGUCUAUAUAUCCUUCUUAAAUUGUGGUGCCCAGAACUGGACAGUUUUUCAGAUGGACAAGGUAAAGUGGAACUUAGAAACUGUGGUUUGCUUAAUGCAUCUUAAAGUUGCAUUUGCGUCCUCCCUCCCUUUUUCUUUGGCCACUACACCACUAAUUCAUUUUAGCUCAUGAUCGUAUGUACUACUGCCAAACCAGGUAUCCCCUUACUAUAACUCCGCAUUUCUUUCUUUUUCUGUUUUGCCUGGUUUGAAAAGAUAAUGUUUUCUAAAAUAUAUUUUUCACUUGGUAAGAAGCACUUCUUAUCAUGUGAACAAUAUAUUUUGAAAUAAAUCCUAUAUAUAUAUUUAGCCAGGACUCCCUCUCCCUCUUUGUUCUUUGGUGCCUCAGUUGAGGUUGAGAAGCUUGUCAAAUUAUCACACCUAAUCCUCUUCUACAGAGAUGUGAUUUAGUGACAUAGCCAUGAAAAUUGCAUUAACUAGGAAUUUAGCUUGUAAUAGUUUCACCUAGAACAGAUUCUGUGUUCUAUGCAACUACAGAGUUUGGAUGCUGGAAAGCAGAAGACAACUAGGAGACCUGGAAGUCUUACUAAAGCUGGAAUUAAGGGAUGAUAAAUUGAACUAUUUUAAAAAAAGAAAUUAUGAGAUUUUAGUUAAAUGCAUUAAAAAAUAAGCUUCCGACAAAUCUUAUCGGAAAUAAAAUUAUGUUGUGGUUCCUGCAAGCAUAGAAGAAUUACUUUUAUAAAAGUACUUGAAAAUGGUCAGGGUUGUUGGGGGUUUUAAAGCAGUUAUGAAUGCAACUGUGAAUACAUUAAACAUACUGCAUGGAUAUAAGUGUAACUAUUUUAAUGUGUAUAGAUGAAGCUAGAUGCUGAAAUCCUGCAGAUGGAGAAAGAUACAGCAGACAUUACUCACCCAUUCUACCUAAGUAAGUAUUUUGUUUCAUGCUAUUGUUUAAUCCCCAAAACAGCACUCCUAGAAGAUCAAUCUUAAGAGUUAUUUAGACAAAGCCUUACAUCUUCAUCCUGCUGUAAGUAUACUGGUGCCAGAGAGAUUGGUUGAGUCACAAAGCUGCCAUCUAUGAACAAGAUCCAGCAUUGUGCCAGUGGACACAAUGGGACCUACCUUUCUCUCCUCCCCUUUGCAGCCUGCUGCCGCCCCACAUCUGGCCCACCAACCUUCCAAAACAAAUUUUUGGGUGCAUGGGAGGCUGCAGCAGGAGAGUAGAAGUCUGUCGAGGAAGUAGCAUGCUUAACACACUUAGCAGGUGACGAAGCAUCUAGCAGCCAAAGUGAAAAAGUUUGAACAGGAAUGAUCCCUGAAAAAGGAAGCAAGUAAUUAGAGGUGUUUGUAUGCAUCAACUCCAUAGAUGCAUUGCGCAUAUGCUGAAAUGGGCAUUUCAUUCAGAAUCCUGAGCAUUUCAUUUAAGACAGCUGUGAGCAACUUAAGCCAACCGUCCAAGCAAUACACUAUGAGGAAAGACAAAAACAUAUCCCUAGGUUGGGAAGCAAUUUGGCUUGGCGGCAGGUGGCACACCAUCCUGAUACCACUUCAGUGAUGAGUAGUUAGGCAUGUUGCAUGAGGAAAAUCCAUACACCAGGGGGUAGGGAACUGGAUCUGGCCAGUGGGGUGGAUCCUAGGUUCUUCCACCUUGAGUGCAGGCAGUGUAGCAUUUUGACAGGUUAUUGGUUCAAACCACUCUAGAAAGGAAAAUCCAAGAGAGGUUGAAGUUACUGCCAGUCAGCUGUUUGGUGCAGACUGACUCCAAGCUCUGCUUUCUGUUGUGGUCAUCUGCUACGGAGUUCCCCAUGGGGAGCUCUGUAGCACAGCUGAUUCCAGCUUGUUUGUGUGAAUCAGGCUACCUUGCCAAUACACAACCAGGAGCACAUUUUAGAGUUCCCAAUUGUGCAUAGACAGCUGUGUGUCCCUCACCCAAUGUCACAUAUGAUGUUGGACAGGCUUCCUCAACCUUAGCCCUCCAGAUGUUUUUGGCCUACAACUCCCAUGUUCCCUAGCUAGCAGGACCAGUGGUCAGGGAUUAUGGGAGUUGUAGUCUCAAACACGUCUGGAGGGCAGAGGUUGGGUAUGAAGCAGGUUGGUAUGGUUUCAGGGAAACAGAUUUAAUGGGCCAGACUGACACCUGAGGUGGGCCUAAUUAGAGGUUUGCCAUACCUGCCAUACAUGGACGCCAUUCCCCCCAAACCCAAAACUCUUUAUUCCAUGCAAGCUACUAAACAUUGCAUCCAUAACCAUGACAAUCCUACAUGUAUUGGGUGAAGGCGGAAAGUCCCAAGAUCUUGGGAAAAGGCUCACAAAGGCUACCAUUGUUGACUGAAAUGAGCAGAACCAAGAAUAAUUUAAAAAAAUUAAAUGUAAGAUGUUCUUCACAGGUGUACGUUUGAAACACUAAGGCUGUAAUCCUGUACAUAUUUACAUGGGGACAGGUCCCAUUGAACACAGUGGACAGAAUCGCCCUGCAUUAAUAGAAAGUAGAGUACACAUAUAUUAGCACUGGAGGGAAAGAUUGAGAAUGGUGGACAAAUGACCCUUUUCACCAGUUUGUCUGCUGUUACUUGUCCUGUUAUCAAGGGUACACAGCAUUCCCUAGGAUAUACUUAGAAACCUGUGGUCUUUAUUUCUCAGCAGCUGCUGCUUGCUUCCAUGGGGGUCUCUUGAUGUGAUUCACCUUGCAGGUGCUCUAUAAGGCCACACAAUUUUGUUAGACAAUCACAGAUUCACACAGCAUGCUACCAGUGUUUUGGAAGCCUGUGUUUCAAAGCAUAAAAUUAUGUUUUACAAAGAACCUGCUCUCACUUCAAUUCAUGUUUAAAUCUGAAAGUUUUCCAUUUUUUAAAAAAAACAAAUCUGUAGCUCAGAAAUGCCAGGCUCUGCAAGCGAUGAACAAACACCUAGAAGCAGUGCUGAAAGAGAAAUGGGUUCUUAGGCAGAGGCUAAUGAAACCAGUGCGUCAAGAAAGUCUGCCUAUUGAAGCUAUGUACCACAGGUAACAAACUGCUUUGUUAUUUUACUUACAUGUUGGGUACUCCUCAUUUCUUUUCCAGAUCAAUAAAAUACAUUGGGAACAAAAUCCAAUUACAGUUAAAACUGCAAAUGAUGAUGCUAAACCUUUUUUUAAAAAACAAGUUACUGCAGAACUCUAAACAGCCACAAUCAGUUGACUUCUGCUACCAAAUAACAUCCUUUAUUUCAAUUUUCAUCAAAGGUACACUUCAGACAUAUAUUCGGUGUAUCACAAAUGCAUUUUAUUUUAACCAUAGUCACUAACAUUCUUACAAGACACACAAUCCUUACUUUAUUCAUUACAUUUUUCUUUUUCCUUUGUUUCCUGAGAAGUUCCUAUUUUAAAUCACCCUGUGGUAUACACAGCCUGUUUUCUAAAUCUACAUUAGUCUGACAGCUAAAUUAUUCUAAAUCAUUUAUCAGCUCAGUCCAAUUCAUAUUAAGGCAUUGUUUCUACUAUAACAUUAAAAUAAAUUUUCUAAAUAGCUUUUGUGUUCUAUUUUCCCUUCUUAAUUCUCAUCCAUGUUCAUUUAAUGCAUUUCAUUAAGGACCAAUAAAGAUCAACCACUCAGCGAUAGUAGGUGGCUGCUUUUUCCCAAUAUUGGGCUGUUCAAACAUUUGCUGCCAUUACUAAGUAAUAUAUUGGUUCAGUGUCAUUUGUCUGUAUCUGUUUCCAGCACCAUCAGUAUAGAGUCAAUUGAAAUUUCUCUUCCUAUUAUCUCUUCUCGGGGGGCGGGUUUCCUGUUAGAAACCAAAACAUAAUAACAACAACAACAACAAUAAAUAAAAUAAAAAAGAACAACAAUCGUAACAUGUGAAUUAUUGAGCAAUCUCCCCUCCCCUUCAAAUCCCCCAGAUUAUAUUUACUCUUUUACAGUGCUAACAACUUGAAAUAUUCCUAGGUGAUACAUAUAUUUAGCCUCCAUAGUGUGAAAUAUCACCUCACAAAGAUAUUAUCAUUUUCUGUUAAAUUUUUCUUUUUCAUGCAGGCAUGUAGUAGAAUUGUUGGUGUCGGCAGUGGCUUUCAUUGAAAAACUAGAAACCCAUCUAACCACAGUAAGGAGCAUUCCUCAAAUACCUCUAGUUAUGAAAAACAUGGUGAGUGGUCUGUCAUAUAACUUUUCCUAGUUUCCUUUGAUAGUAAAGUAGUGGCUAAGAGCUUGGAAGUCUUAGGUGGAAGUCUCGAGUUUGAAUCUCACCAGGCUAUGGAUUCCCUGGGUUGUCUCACUCAGAAUGCUGGCUAAUAGGCCUGUACCUGACAUAAGGUAUGUGAAGCACUGUAACUUCUGCUUCACUUCACACUAAGCUUCCCCUGCAAUUAGAGAAACUGUGAAUCUGUAUCUCUGUCCUUGAAGAAAGGAGCUUCAAUUGCUGAAUCAAUUGAUCAGAAAGUUCAAUUCCAUCUAUUUGAGUCUGAAUAGUGACUGGUUUUCUGUCCUGCUACAGGUGUUAAUUUCCCGUCAGUGCUAAGAUGAUUGUAUUAUCACUAAUUAUUGCAGUUGUGAAGGGUCACUCUAGUUAUUCUGCAUACUGUACAGUUGAACUGUACGGUUCCAUUGGACUGUACUUUAUUUUGCUUUUCAUUGCCAUUUAAUUCCAACUUUUACAUUUUUCCUUUAUUUAACAUCCCCUCAUUAAAAUAGUACCGAAGUGAUGAACAACAAAGCAGUUAAAUGCAAAACAAUUCAGUAUACGAUAAAAACUAUUUUAAAAAGCCAGCAUAUCACUGUUAACAGCAGUCAGGUAUCAUUCAACUGAUACCAGAAGCAAGGGAAAGCUAGAUAUGUGUUCAAAAGCUGGCAGAAGCUGUUAAAUAGGUGCCUGCCAUAUCUCAAGAGUAAGAAGGGUCAUUGCUAAGGCUAGGGGCACAAGAUGAGCCCCUGCAGUCUGGCAUAACUAAUAGGGCCUCCUCCAAAGAUCUUGGUGAACGAGCAGAUCUAUAUGGGAGUUGCUCUUUCAGAUAACCCAGUUCUAGGGAAUUAUAAGUUAAUAACAAAAUGUUAAACUUGGCUUAAUAGCAAGCUUAGCAUUUCUUAAUACCCAUGUGUGCAUUACAUAUCUGCCAGGUGAGGAUUACACAAUGCAUCUGAUAAAGUGGACUCUGCUCCACAAAAGAUUAUGCCAGGAUAAAUUUCUUAGUCUUUAAAAGGUAAAGGGACCCCUGACUAUUAGGUCCAGUCAUGGCCGACUCUGGGGUUGCGGCGCUCAUCUUGCUUUAUUGGCCGAGGGAGCCGGCGUACAGCUUCCAGGUCAUGUGGCCAGCAUGACUAAGCUGCUUCUGGCAAACCAGAGCAGCGCACGGAAACGCCGUUUACCUUCCCACUGGAGCGGUACCUAUUUAUCUACUUGCACUUUGACGCGCUUUCGAACUGCUAGGUUGGCAGGAGCAGGGACCAAGCAAUGGGAGCUCACCCCGUCGUGGGGAUUCGAACUGCCAACCUUCUGAUCGGCAAGUCCUAGGCUCUGGUUUAACCCAUAGUGCCACCCGCGUCAAUUCUUGGGUUUCUGCUGUAACAGACUAAUAUGGCUACCCCUAAAGCUAUGUGAAGGAAUCUUUCCCUGGAGUAGGUUGACAAAUACGAGGGCAGUUACGCUAGUUUCACUUUCCUUGAGCAGCAGUCCCUGUGAUGAGUUCUUAUGUUGUUGCAGUUUUAGCAUAGCAUGCUAAAAUACUUGUUUUCCUAUUUUAUUCCAGGACAGUGCACUAACAAAGAUGGACUUGUUAGUAACAGACACAAAAGCACUGGCAGAACAAAUACUGGAGUGGAGAGAGAAAGUAAAGGAGAUCUUUGAAAAUUCACAGCUGACUGCUGAAUCAGAUUCCUGGUUCAGAAGUAUAACUCUGUAAUAGUGCACACUCCCUGCCAUGCCUUUUCCUUCCCAAUUCUCGGGCUACUUAGAAAUUUGGUGUGUAGAUAAAAUGCAUGUCUUCUAUCACAUUUAAAGUCACUUGUGUCUGUCUGAAAUGUAUAUUUGUACGUAGAAAUAGUGCUAUGUUAGAAACUGACAACGGAUGUUAAAUGGCCCUCUUGAGGUUCUGAGGAAUAUUUUAAAGAAGCAAUUUUAUUAUGUUGCCUUAAUAAGACCAGCUUCAUGUACAUAUGUUUUAUAUUUUAUAGAAAAUGUUUUAUAUAAACAUUAUCUAUUUUAAAAAGUGAAACCACUCAUAUCUUGGUACAAAACUUCAAUCAAAAUACUGAACUAUAGACUCUUUUGUAUGGGUGGGAAAGCUUUGGAUUCCACCCUGUCCUAAUGUGCAUAUAUGAAAAUCUGUAGCUUGAUACCUUUGCUCUUCAUACUGUUGAAUACUGUACUAGAAAAUAAUGCAGAGGAAGAGUAUGGGAAACAGUAUUCCAUUAGCAAUAAACAAACUGAAUAAAUACUUUUUCCUUUGUUUGUAUUUGAAAGGGGGGCGGAAUAAGCAACUGUAUACAAAUGAGCCUGUCACUAUGCUAGCAAAUGCCCGUGUUUCAUAAUCCUCCAUCAGCUAUGCUUGAUUUGUUAUAGCUUGUUAUGACUCAUCAUCAGUCUCUCAUCUCCAUCUGAUCUCUGUUCCAGCUGCUGAGAGAAAGCACAAGAUAGAUGUGCUGCUGUGUAAACAGCAUCCUGAGGAAGACUGUUUUUUUCCCAGUGACAGGACCUGUGUUCUUUUUCACAUGUUAAAAUAAAAACUAAAAGCAGGGAACAUCCCACAAUAAACGCCCAUAUGCAUACAA